UGGGAGAAUACCCAUCCCAGAGGAUCAUGGCUACCUACGCUCUGCAAAUCGCUGGACUGAUGCUUGGUGGCAUUGGCAUGGUGGGCACGUUGGCCGUCACGAUCAUGCCUCAGUGGAGAGUGUCUGCCUUCAUUGGAAGCAACAUUGUGGUUUUUGAAAACUUCUGGGAAGGACUGUGGAUGAAUUGCGUGCGGCAAGCCAACAUCAGGAUGCAGUGCAAAGUUUAUGACUCCCUGCUGGCCCUCUCUCCGGACCUGCAGGCAUCCAGAGGGCUGAUGUGUGCGGCUUCCGUGCUGUCCUUCCUGGCUUUCAUGACUGCCGUCCUGGGUAUGAAGUGCACCAGGUGCACCGGGGACGACGAGAAGGUGAAGGGCCACAUCUUGCUAACGGCCGGAAUUCUCUUCAUUGUCACCGGUCUCCUGGUGCUGAUCCCGGUGAGCUGGGUUGCCAAUUCCAUCAUCAGAGAGUUCUACAACCCGAUAGUGGAGAGCGCCCAAAAACACGAACUUGGAGAGGCUCUCUACAUAGGCUGGACCACCGCGCUGGUGCUGAUAGUUGGAGGGGCACUGUUCUGCUGUGUUUCUUGUGCCAGUGGACAGAGCAGGAGCUACAGACACUCCGUACCUUCCCAUCGCACAACCCACAAAAGCUAUCACACAGAAAAGAAGUCACCGAGCGUGUACUCCAGAAAAUUACAACACAGCUGGCUUUUCUAAUGGUGCCACCUCUUGAAGUCUUUCCCCAACGUUUACGGUCCUCUCAUCUCUUUCUUACCUGGUUGAACAAGUUCUCUCGACUCAUGGCCCAGCCUGCAGGACCUUCUUGCCCAGCCUGCCUCCACGAUUCUAUCCCAGU